GCCCCCGUCCUCCUCUCGCGCUGAAGAAACGAACAUGGAGACAGCUGGAAAAGUAAGUGCGAUCCUCAGAAAAUAUGCACCAAAAAGUGUAAAUGAAUGCAUUACGGUGUCAUGUGUGAGUUAUAGGGGUGACUCAAAGUACACUUGGAGCAUUAAAAACGCCUUUUUUUAAUCAAACUGCACAUAUUGACGCUCGUUGAAUGAAUAACCACAAAGAUUCAUUUGUCGAUGACUUACCGGAGAUCUUUGCUCACUGGUCAGUUGCAGCUGGUCUGUGCAAGUUGCUGCACAAGCGUGAGCAGAGGAAUGUCUAUUGAUAAUGUUUAAGAAAGCAAUUUCAAUCAGUAAAAGUAAGUUUGGGUAUUUCCACGAUUCAAUUGUUCAACUAAAGACGGAAAUGAGGGAUUCAGCAGCAGGUUGUCACUUCUAUGAUAAAUCAGUGGGAAUCUCUUUGCAUGAUCUUGGAUAUAGUCCAAAGGGCAGCUCCACUUUGCAGCUAAAACCUUCCCAGUCACAGAUAAUGCAAAAGCCCAAGUUAACCACUGGCUGCAAUUAGUUGAUAUUUCAGCAAUUGUUUUGUAUUGUAUUCCCCUGUACUUUGUCCUCAGGUGAUCAAGUGCAGGGCAGCUGUUGCCUGGGAAGCUGGGAAACCUCUUUCCAUUGAAGAGGUGGAGGUAGCACCACCAAAGGCCCAUGAAGUCCGCAUUAAGGUAAACUAAACCAUUGCAUAACACUUCACUGUCACAGAAACACCCAACUCAACAUGAGAGUCUGGAUUAAAACAUCCUAAGUCAGUGGUUCUCAGCUGGUCUCACUCUGGGACCCACAUUUUCCCAUGGUCCUUAAGUCGUGACCCACUUUUAUGGAAUUCAAACCAAGCAAAUGUAUUUUUUUAAAUAUAUAUAUAAAAAAACUUUAAAGACUCUAAUCUUUAACAUAAAUCCACUUUUUUAAUUGAGUAAAGUGCAUUUAUGAGUACAUGAAGGGGACAACAUGAGGACAACAACUACUGAUUUUACACAAAAUAUUGAAUAUCUAACAAAUAUCACACAAUAUUAAAUAUAUACUUUUCUUACCAGCUGUUUGUGACCCAUCCAGAACGUGUCCGCAACCCACUUUUGGGUCAGGAUCCACCGGUUAAGAACCACUGUCCUAAGUUGACCCCUUGUGAAAAUGUCACUUUUCUGAAAGUUUAACAACAUGUGCAAAAUUAUACAUUUUUUGAAACAUUUCAGACAUACAGUACAUGUCAUGUUGGAAAUAUCUAAACUUUAUUAAACUACAGGGGUCAAACUUUUAUCAGCACGAGAAGCAGGGAAAUAAUUUCACAGUCAUUUCUGGAGAAAUAACUCAGCAGGCUCAAAGUUUAAAGCUUUGAAGAUAGACUUGUAUUUUUUUAAUGAUUCAUAACAGAGCCCCAUUUUAGAUAUCAGAUGAUUAAAAAUUUGUUAAUGACAGGCCUAAGAUCUUUUAUACUUCACUCCUGCAAUUGUUGCCUCAUGCUUCGCUUUGAACUUUAAAUGACACUGUGCUUUCAGAUCUUCGCCACAGGAGUGUGUCAUACUGACUCUUACACUCUGAGUGGAAGUGACCCUGAGGGGCUUUUCCCUGUCAUCCUGGGUCACGAGGGUGCAGGGAUAGUCGAGAGCGUAGGCGAGGGUGUCACCAAGUUCAAGCCAGGUACAAAGCUUUCAAUGACAUGUAUUCCUUUUUAUGCUGUUGUAAAACAAUAUGACUUGAAUAAUUUUAAUUUUCUUUGUCUAGGUGAUACUGUUGUCCCCUUGUAUGUGCCUCAGUGUGGGGAAUGUAAAUUCUGCAAAAAUCCCAAGACCAACCUCUGCCAGAAAAUCAGGUAACACUUCCAGACUCAGAAUUGAACCUUGAGUUGGUGAAGAAAAGUUUUUUUUUCUUUGUGGCAGAACUUGCAACCUCAGAUGCUGAACUUACAGCCUCCGGUGCCCCAGGCCAAAUGAAUCAAAGCACAGUCAUCAUAAGUUUGAGUCUCCCUCUCUGCCCUAAAUUGAAGCACCCAGCGACUCACUCUAACCACUCUCUGCAUGCUUAAAAGAAACCAUCUCUUCCACGUGCUUUCACCUUUCAGGGUUACUCAGGGCCGCGGCCUGCUCCCUGACAACACCUCACGCUUCACUUGCAAAGGAAAGCAGGUGUUUCACUUCAUGGGGACCAGCACCUUCUCUGAGUACACUGUGGUGGCUGACAUCUCUCUGGCGAAGGUGAACGAGAAAGCUCCGAUGGAUAAAAUCUGCCUUCUUGGAUGCGGCAUUUCCACCGGUUAUGGAGCUGCUCUCAACACCGCCAAGGUGGGUAAAAAUAUCGGCCACACAAGUAUAAACAUCCUCACUAGAAAAAGAAAUUAAUGAGUCUUUUUUUAAAUGCCUAAAACCAGAACUUUAGAUAAGGAAAGACUCCCUCCAAGCAAACCCACGCUGGGUGGAAAAAUGGAAGUAACCUCAGGAGGAGAAACAGAGGAGGUAUCCCUCUCUUGUUCUUGAGUUUAUGUCUAAGCAGCCGUUGGAAAAUUGUGACACAUUUUAUUGUUUAAAGCUUGUUAUGCAGAACAAGUUCACCCAGAGGACACAAAGACAAGAGAGGAGGGUUUUUUGUCAUUGUUUGCAGGUUUCACCCUGAAGUGGGUCACACUUAUUUAUGCAGAUUUGAUGUGAAUUGCCAAAAGGGUCUGUUUCUAAUUGUUGUUAUUUUAAAAGAGACAUGAUUCAGGCCCCAAAUCAUUUUUUACAUGUAUUAAUUAGAGUUAAAUAUAAAAUUAACAGACAUUCAUGGUCCUUUACAGUUAAGUUUGUUCAAUGUUUUUGCCAUCUUUUGUCUCCUUUGAUUGAUUUAAACUCUCAGGGAAAUCACUGUGUGAUUUAAUGGCACAAAGCUACAGAGCUUUGAAAUUUAAUGCAAAUUUACUUUGUGCAAAAUUAUACCCCAAUACAAACUCUAUUAUUGUCUUUCCUCUUCAUGCCCUAGGUUGAGCCUGGCUCCACAUGUGCCGUAUUUGGCCUCGGAGCUGUCGGCUUGGCUGUUGUUAUGGGCUGCAAGGUUGCCGGAGCGACCAGGAUCAUCGGCGUGGACAUGAACCCUGCAAAGUUUGAGAAAGCAAAAGAGUUUGGUGCCACCGAGUUUGUGAACCCCAAGGACCACAGCAAGCCCAUCCAGGAUGUGCUGGUGGAGAUGACCGACGGAGGAGUGGACUACUCUUUUGAGUGCAUUGGAAACGUGCAAGUCAUGGUGAGAGAUGCUGACUCUGUGCAGCAGAAAUAAAAGCUUUGCUAAAUUAAACAUAUCCCUGUGUCACCCUGGUUGAGUGCUACAUGUCCAUAGUAAAGCAAUUGCAUAUGAAACAGUGUUAAGAUGAGGCUUUUCACAAACACCAGGAUUAUUACCAUCUUAUUUUGUCAGAGAGCUGCUCUGGAGGCGUGCCACAAAGGAUGGGGGGAGAGUGUUAUCAUCGGUGUGGCCGGAGCUGGACAGGAGAUCUCCACCAGACCAUUCCAGCUUGUGACAGGCCGAGUGUGGAGAGGCACUGCUUUUGGAGGUGACCGACUGUGUUAAGGAAAAUCUGACAUAAAGAGCAUUAUGUCGUGUGGCGGCAGUUCAAACUGUCUGCCUUUUACAUAUUUUAAUUAUGGGUUCUUUGGAUUAUUUAGCAUCUACUUAGGAGUUGUUGUUGAGUUUAAAGUAGCUCUACUUUUUCUAUGAGAAGGUUGAGAUUUAAAAUUAAGAGGAAAAGGCUUUUCAAUGAAAAUAAAAGGUAUGACUUCUUAAGUUUCUUAGUGUACACUUAGGUCGGAAAACAGCAAGACAAAACCUGUUAAGUUCAGAACGUAAAAUAUCGUUGAUUUUUCUGGUUGUUUUGGAUUUCUACUAAGUAAAGAUCAAGAAACUGUUUAUGUAUUUAGCGUUAGGAGUAGCAGUAGUAUUUUAUUCAGUCAUCGUUCAUCUUUCUGUUUCACCAUUCUCAUCAGAAGUACAAUUUGGUUGUCUAAGAGAUUUUGGUUCACUUUCCCCUUAGGAUGGAAGAGCGUGGAGAGCGUUCCCAAACUGGUAGAGGACUACUUAAACAAGAAGCUGAAGGUGGAUGAGUUUGUGACCCACACUCUACCCUUUGAGCAGAUCAAUGAAGGAUUUGACCUCAUGCAUGCUGGAAAGAGGUGAAGUGAAAUUCUUCAGUCCAAGUAUUAAAAUCAGUGUCUUGUUUCAAAUUUUGUUCAAGCAAACCUUCAAUUUUUUGUUUUCCUCUCUCGUAACAGCAUCCGUGCAGUGUUGACCUUCUGAAGUGCCUGAAACUGACAUCCUUCACGCUCAGCCCUGAAACAAUCGUCCUUUAUAGUCGCAGCACUUAGUACAUUUCACUGCACUUGUUUUGUUGACAUACUGUAACUGUCAGUAUUGACACAUUAUUUUUAAAAGCACACAACCUGUUUUUGAAACGGUUUCAUUAAAAGGUUUUGAUUUGGCGUUCAUUCUCUGAGUUCCCUUUUUGUAUCUCACCAUCUAUUUGAUUUGAUGAUUUAACAAUCCCACAUGUGCUUCAAGGGCUUUGGCUGCUGGGCUUAUUACAAACAAUCAAGGAUGAGUCAUACGAGUACUAUUUAGAUGCUUGGCUUUGAGUUUAUUAUGUGUAAAAAGCGAUGAAUAACAUCACACAAGAACUCCACAAGUGCUUAAAUGUCACGUUAUGUAACCGUGUGUGCUGUGUAAACCAUGGUCAUGGACAUUUUAGGUUCUUCACACUCUGAGGAAGCAUGCCAGAGCCUGACCGGGACAAAACCUUUAUACUAGUGAAGUAAAUACUGUGGUCAUCUUAUCAGUAUUAACUGUUGUCCACGUGGUAGCCUUGAGAUGAGGUUAUCACUUGAAGGAGCAAAGUUUAUGUGUGUAUAUUGUGACCGUAUAGUUAAUACUCACGUGAUACUCAGCCAACAGAGGUAGUAAACAGUCUUGAAAUGACCUUGAAGUUCAGUUUAUGCUUCUUCAUAAACUGGAGAGAGGUGCUCGAGGUUCCAUUUGUUUAUAUUUCUUUGUGAAUCCGCUAACUUGUCUCAGAAACCUAAGAAAUGCAGCCGCAUGAAGUAUGAUCGUUUGGCUGAAAGUGCGACUAUACAAAAACUUGAUAUCUUUCAUAUUGUUGUGCAUCAAAUUCAUACCUUUUUAAAACACAAGCCAGCCAUUAAAGAGGAUUUGCCUCAUCUCUUGCCUUAACAUGCAUCACAUUAACUCGAUGGAUCAGCCAGCUGCCUGACAAUCCGAUUGCACAGACAGUACUAUCAGUAUUCAAAAUGAUCGUGUUUAUAAUUAAAUCAGCUUGGGAGCGUAUCCGCAAAGUUCA